UUCCCUAUUUUGAAAGAAAUCGAGUUAUCUAAUACAUCCCUGGUACCAAUGACAUACACACUUCGUGUAGUUGAUGAUGGCACAAAGCCUGUGCACAAGGCUACAAACCUUUUAAGUCAACCAAUUCUCGAAGAUGUGGAAUCAAGUCUAGAAGACUUAAAGGAGUUCACUAUUUGUCCUAGCACUGGACGGCUAGCUGCAUGUAGUUCUGUUCUCGUCUCAGUAGAGUUUACACCGAAUCACCUCGGCGAAUCGAUACGGCAUCUGGUUGUUGAUGUGGAUAAAGUGGGGAAGGCAUUAAUGAGCUUGCCUAUCAAGUACAGCUUAUUACAUCAUUCUUAA